AUGAGCAAUCAAUAUCGCUCUACAGACUCCAACAGAAGCCUAGAAAGGGAGCGCAAGCGGGCCGCUCGGGCGUGUGACACUUGUCGUCGCCAAAAAGAGCGUUGCGACGGCGGCGUACCUUGCCGGAGAUGUUUUCGUCUAGGGCGCCAGUGUGAGUUCACUGGAGAUGUCGGGGGCAUGCCUGGGCCGAGCCGGCGCAUGAUGGCGAGGCGGCCACCUUCGUCGGUGCCUGCGACGCACACCGCCAGCAGCCAGAGGGACGUCGGCCACGGCUCCUCGGCGCAGCAAAAGCGGCUGGAAUAUCUUGAGAGAAUCGUACGCAGCCACGCUGGGUCCGAGACGCCGCUGGAUCUGGACACGCUACGGAACCUGGCAGAGGAGGCAGACAGCCAACGGAGUCCAUCCAUCACAUCACACGAAGACGAAGUGGACAAGUCCAUUACCAUGCAAUCUCUCGACGGUAACGUAACACAUUACUCGGGCGAAUUCUCGCAUUGGAAUUUUUCCAUGCGCAUCAAAGACUGGCUUGACCAGAGCGUAGCACGACAAGGUCAUAGUGAGCAAAGCCCAAAGCCGUCCAUAGUGUUUGACGAGUAUUAUCGACCCGACGAGCUUCGGUCCCCGGCUGGUUCGCUCGUGCCGCUGUCUUCGCUGCCGCCACGCUCAAUAACGGAUUUUCUCAUCCACUGCUUCUUCCAGCACGCAGAAGCCAACUACAGCUUCGUCGACAGAGAGUGGCUAUGCGGCCAGGUGGAUAUUGUGUACGAGAAUCCAAUGUCUCUUUCAAAUAGAGACAUUGGGACCCUUUCGAUGAUGUUCACAAUACUCGCCAUCGGCACUCAAUAUGCAUAUCUCGAGUCCAUAGCAGAGGGCAGCGCUGCAGCCUCUGCAAGUGAUUCGAAGAAAUUCAGCGAAGAUGCGGUCGGCAUUCAGUUCUACCGAAAGGCUGCCCAUCUUUUGCCAGAGGUCAUCGCAGCCUCGUCGCUAGAGAGCGUGCAGGCAUGCCUGCUGAUGGGCAUAUAUACACUCCCGGUGGACGCGUCCGGCCUCGCAUAUAUAUAUUUGAACCUGGCGUUGAAACUGGCAAUACAGAAUGGCAUGCACCGAAAGCAUCCCGCCAACGACAUAGAUGCGCGCAUCCGCGAAACCAGGAAUCGUGUUUGGUGGGCUCUUUACACUAUUGAGCAGCGCGUUGGUAUAUUUCACGGUCGUCCAAUCUCCAUCGCAAGCGUGGAUGUUGAUGCCGACCUGCCCGCUCCAAUGCCCAGGCCGACGCUUGCAUUCAGAAAUCCCGAGUUGUUGCUCACCAGCAUACAGCUCAACCAGUAUCUGUCAAAAGUGGCGCACAUAAUGACCAACUUGCGCACGCUCCCAAAAACAGAAACUUCAGAUUGCGUCAAGAAGCUCGCUCAGCUUCAGGCUGAGCUAGUCAAAUGGUGGGGAGGUCUUGAGAACGCCGCUUUCUACAACAAUGAGCAGCCAAGUUCAGGCCCAUUCCGGCCGAGGAUGCAUCUGAGGCUGGAAUACUGCAUGGUGCGAAUGUUUCUCGGCAGAAUCUUUAUUCUACCGCAAGAUGGCCCGCUAGACAGCGGUAAUCGCUCGACGCCCUCAUCCGACACGACGUCCAGAAGCCCACGCUCUACUCUUGUGCACGACUGCGCUGAGGCAGCACUGUCGGUCAUUGAUGCGUGCCGCGUCAUUGCAAGGACCGUCGGGCUGGCGCGGUCGUCGUACACGGAGUUCAGCUCGUGUCGCGCAGCGCUCCUGGUCAUCACCACGCAGUGCCUGACACAAAAUACGGACCGGUUCCGGCAAGCCCUGCGCGACGGCGUGGUAAUGCUCAAGGACAUGUCGUCGGGGAGCCAGUCGUGGCACUCGGAGGCCUCGUUGAUCGAAGCGUUUGAGCGGGCGAUUGCGAGCAUGAACACGCGCCAUCCUGGCGUUGGUGGUGCACCCGCCGAUGCUGAAGAGUCGGAUUACGCCAAGUUUAAGAAAUGGGAGCAAAUGAUGCAGAAGUAUCCGUCGGCGACACAGUCGACAGCCAGCAUUGUCGCGUCGGAGGACAUGGCGCCUCAGGGCUGGAGACCAGCGGAGGCGGCGUGGCGAGAGGACAACACGCUGAUGCCGUCGUGCACGCCGUUCUUUGGGGUAGAUGGGAAUUUUGCGGCGUUUCCGGAUAGCUUGGAUGAGCUGCCGUCUUUUUUGGAUACUAAUUUUUAA